AUGACUCGUGCACUGCCUGUGAGUUAGUGGUUACCAACCAGCCAGCUGUGACACAAGGAAAGGCAUUACCAAGGUGCCCAGUGAAUACACACAUUUAAAAGGGAGGUGAAUGAGCACAUUCAUAUUCAUACACUGUGUACUACACAUCUCCAUAUCCAACAUCCAACAGUAUCUUUUAUACUAAUGAAAAACCUACAUGACGGAUGAGAUAAGUAACUUCCACUCAUACAACACAGAAGCCGUGGAGUGACCUGGGGUCCAUCAUUUCUUCCAUCUUACAGCUAUGCAGUUUUGAUAUUUUAGACCAACAUUUACAUCUAUGAUAGUGCUAGGUGAAGUAAACUGCAAUGGCUCGGGAGUCAAAUUUAACCACUCAGAAACAAGAAUUUAUAAAAGAGUCGUACCUUAAAGAGAUGCAUACACGUAUCAACUGGUGGCGUCAUCAUAGACCGAACAUACAGCCUGUGCUGCAUUCAAAAGCCAAAACCAAAGUGAAAGAUCAUUACAAGCUGCCUACUAUAAUGCAUUCAAGUAUUCAGACAGAUAAUAAAAAUCUAUUGGAUAUCCAGAAUGUCCAGCAUAUGAGUACUGCUAGUAGGAGCGAGCAAAUGGAAACUAGCCUAACAGACUCCAUGAUGAAACCAGUCAGUCCUGGAACACGAAGUCUGCUGUACAAUGGCACCUCCAAGGAACAAAAAGGGAGGUACUGCUACUUGAAAGUAAGAAAUAGCCUCAGGCCAGAGGAGAAAUACUGCUACCCGUUAGCAACAAGUUGGAUCUAUGGGUGGCAUUUAGGUAAUCUUGUAGACAACAGCUGUCCCCAGUACCGACGUUGUCGCAUUGUGAGUGACACCUUCUACAGGAAGAAUGGGAUACCCACUCAGCCAAGCCAUACAGAUAUGGCCUUGUAACCAUGGCCAAGGACAAAGCAAAUACUGAAACCCUUGCUUCAUAAGAUUGCAAUAUUGCAAGGGACAAUGUUAUCCAUACUCUGAUGUGUUAGUAGCUGACAAUACCAUAUCAAAAACAAUGACCUAUUGUUUGUUGUUUUGUAUAAUUAUGCCAUCAUAAUUUACAAUAUAUAUCAAAUUUACUAUAUAUCAAAUAAUCCUGCGUGCAAAACAAAUCCAUUAAUUAACAGACAAAUAUGAACAUAAAUGACAGGAUGUUAGAAAAAAAUUUCAGGGGACACAAGUGGUUUGGCCAUUACAGCUGCUGCCAUCAGUCAGUGUGUUUAUCUACAUACCAUUGUUUACCUCUUAGGCUGGCCAUACACAUAGAGCUCCUUUCGCACCACUCCAUGAUGGCCAUCAGUUGGUGUGAGGUUCCCAUUUAUCUGCAGGAUAAAAUAGUGCAAACCACUGCGAUAUUCCAUAGAGCAGGUUCUAUGGUAUACAUUUUUAUUUUUACAUGGAGGUCUAUGCCAUUAAGUGGUGGAAGUAUCUGGCAGGGAGACCCCUGUUGGUCAGCCAAUCUCACUGAAAUAUGUUGAUUAGGCUUACACAUAUCUAAUGUGACCAUGUGAAUAUGACCCAAAUGUGUUUGUGCAUACAUAUAGUUUGUAUACUACACUGAAAGCUUCUCUUGGGCAUAUACCUAUGUGAUGG